CAGCAGCUGUGCUGCAGCCAGCUCUGCCCCAGCUCCCUGGGGACACGCCUCCUGCCCGCUGGCCUCAGCAGCCACCCACCCACCAGGGCUGCCUGUGGCUGCUGCUCCUGAGGUGGCCCUGGCCAAGAGGCAGCACCCUCAGCAGCUCCCAGCCCCUGCUGCAAGUUAUGCUGAGACCCUGCCCAGUCAUUCCUGUCACCGUGAGGGAGCUGCAUGAAGGCAGCAGCAGCUUUCCUUCUGUUGCUUCUGUGAUGGGACAGUUCCCUUCUCCCUGGUGGCCCCCAGCCUGCUGCCUCCCCAGGGCAUCCUUGGCACGGUGUGGCUCAGGCUCCUGGCCUCCUGCAUGCCUGGCAGCAGAGGGCCUGAGUGUGGGACUGCAGGGAAACCUCUCUGUUCGUCCCAUCAGCAAAGAGAUGGUCAGUGAUGCCACCCCAGUGCCCAGGGUGAGCUGUGGGUGUGCUGGUGCAGCUGAAGGAAAUGGGCUGGGGUGAAGGUGGGUGGCUCUCACCCCCUUCCUGAAGCCCAGCUGCAGCAGAGCGAGCAGCCCCAGGGAGCAGAGUCCCUGAGCCCCCCGUGUCAUUUACAUACACCCCACCAGUGGCCACGGCACAGCACCCGGGCUUUGUGCAGCACCCCAGAGCUGCUCUGAAACAGCCUCCCUUCCUCUGCCUCCUGCCAUGGCCCUGGGAUUCACAGUCCUGCUCCUGCUGGGGAUGCUGGGCACAGCUGCCAGGGCUCAGCCCGUGCUGAGCCAGCCGCACUCCGUGUUCGUGCAGCCCGGGCAGAGCGCUCGGCUCUUCUGCACGCUGAGCCCGCAGUACAACAUCAGCCACUUCGGCAUCUCCUGGUACCAGCAGCGCCCGGGGCACUCCCUCACCUACCUGCUCUAUUACAACUCUGAGAGAGACAAGCACAAGCCUGCCAAGACUCCCGACCGCUUCUCGGCCACCAAAGACCUGGCCAGCAACGCCUGCAUCCUCACCAUCGCAGCCGCCUGCCAGGACGACAACGGCACCUAUUACUGCGCCCUGUCCCCCGCCCUCAGGUGGCUCUAGAGACGGCACCCGAAGCUUUCCCUGCUUCCCUUGGCCACCCUCUGCCAGCAGGGAGAGCGGCAGCCCUGGGAGAGAUGGUUAAAAUCCAUCCUUGCAUGCUUGAGCAGGCCUCGUGCUGGGAAGUGCAGCCACCCCUCUUUGUCCCCAAGCGUCCCUCACGGGGCAUCAGACAGCCGGGCACGGCCGCAGAGCGGGAGGCUGGGGGACUGGGCAGCGGCCUGGCUGUCCCGGGCUCUUCCAGCACCUGGCACAAGGCGGCUUCCACCUGGCUGGGGCUUCCGCAGAGUUUAAUUAAAGGUAAUGAAGGUAAUAAAGGCUGAUCCUCA